CUCAUUCUCAAGUUCAGCUGUUUCUGCAUGCAUUGCACAAACAAAGACAUUUCGCCCAAACGCUCUUACAGCUUUAAUUGCCCUCGUAAAGUGUGCACUAAGCUAAACCAAGCUGAAACGUAGCCAUCUCAUGCGUAUCACCGGUCAUCCCACAAAUCGGCUGGUUGCAACAAGCCGAACACUGCCAGCUGUUCCUCCUUCGCGACAAGGUUGCGAGGCACAGAGACGUGUUGCAGGCCUCUGCCCCUUCAUUACCCAUCCUUGUCGCCAUCCCCAGCAACCUCCCGCUCCCAGCCGUCAUACCAAAGCGCGGAUAUUUGACGGAUUGAAGACCUUCUUUCCGGCUAGCCGGAGCACAAACGUUGAGCCAGCUGAAGAGCCGCAGGACGUUUUGGAGUAUGACGGCGAGGAUAUUGAGGGCGGCUCGGACAUGAAGCUGCUUGACUCCGAGGGCGAUGGCCUAGCAGAGGACCAGGACGUCUUUGGGCCGCUGGCUGUCUUGCUGGUGGGGUUCCUGGAGGAGGAGGUGGCGGCGUUCCGGCGCUUGAUGGACGACAUGGAGGCGGACAUGGUCCAGAUCGUGCCCUGCUCCCCGGGCAUGAUGGCGGGUACGUUGCAAGCGGCGCUGGAGGCGGAGGUCCCGGGGAGCUACGAGCAGCCGCCGCUGGGCACCCGGCGAACGGUCUUCCUGAGCGGCAUGGUGGGGGCCGAGGUGCUGGAGGUGAUCAGCGCAUACAGGGAGGCAGGCAUGCCUCCCACGGUAUGGGCCGCUGCCGUACCCAAUAACUACCAACGUGUCGUACGGGAGCUCGUGGAGGAGGUCCACGCGGACAACGCAGCGAUGGUGCGGAGGGCCCAGGAGGCACAAGCACGGAGGGCUUUGGAAGAGGCAUCAGAGCAGGACGGCUCCGAGUGAGGAGCCCCUACAGCCCCCUUGGGCAAGAUCAUCUUGCACGGGAGAAAGCCAUGGGAUGGUGAUAAAUGUGGUGGCAGAUGUGCUGGCAGAUGUGGUGGUAGGGUGAAUGAGAAAUGCAACCAGGCCAAGGCGCCAACACCUUUGCACGUUCACGCUCGACAGGCAUGCACAAGGCUACAAAACAAGCCCUGAGCAACAGCUCGAGCUAAAAGCGUUUGCAACUUUUGCUUGUGACAUACCUAUAUGCAGCACUUACGUACGGGUGUUGUGAAGAACUACACAUACCGGUGUCUAUUACACAACUGGCCGCACGUCGGAACGUACUGUAAUGUGUGAUCGGUAGUACGGGUGCGUGUGUCUUGCGCUGGUGCCGUUGGGCACUGUAAUCCGCUCG